AAGCAUUUGUGCAAAAAGGCGCGCAUUGCGUUAAAUUGUUUUGAUUAAUUUUUUUAAUAUCCUUGCAUGCAUAAACAUAAUGGCACUUUGGGUGGAUAAAUACCGUCCCCGGGAGCUGUCCAAGUUGGAUUUCCACAAAGAACAAGCGGAGAACCUACGCAAUCUAUGCAAGCAGAGCGACUUUCCGCAUCUCAUGUUCUACGGACCGUCUGGUGCCGGAAAGAAGACUCGCAUCAUGUGUCUGCUGAGGGAGAUGUACGGCUCCGGCGUGGAACGCCUGAGGAGCGAGACCAUGACGUUCACCACGCCCUCCAACCGCAAGAUCGAGGUGAUGACGGUCAGCAGCAACUACCACCUGGAGGUCAAUCCCUCCGAUGCCGGGAUGUACGACCGGACGGUGGUGAUCGAUCUAAUUAAGCAAGUUGCCCAGACGCACCAGAUAGAAAUCAGCGGCCAGCGGGAAUUCAAGGUGAUCGUCAUCUCCGAGGGCGACGAGCUUACAAAGGAUGCCCAGCACGCCCUGCGCCGCACCAUGGAGAAGUACGUGGCCACGUGCCGGAUCAUCAUUUCGGUGAACUCCACGUCCCGCAUCAUUCCCGCCAUUCGGUCGCGUUGCUUGGGCAUCCGGGUGGCCGCACCCAACGAAACGGAGAUCGUUUCCAUCUUGCAGAGCACCUGCAAACGGGAAGGCCUCACCCUGCCCGUGGAACUGGCCAAACGGGUGGUGGACAAGUCUGAGCGUAAUCUCAGACGCGCUCUACUUAUGCUGGAGGCCGCGAAGGUUGCCAAAGCGCCGUUCACCGCUAACCAGGAGAUUCCUGACCUGGACUGGCAGGUGUUCUUACGUGAGACAGCCGCCCAGAUUAUUAGCGAGCAAACGCCGGGCAAGCUGGAGAAGAUCCGCGAACGCCUGUACGAACUGCUCAUCCAGGGCGUUCCACCCAAUCUCAUAUUCCGCGGCCUGGUCGAACAGCUGGUGAACAACUGUGAUAUGUCCAUCAAGGCAAAGACGCUUGAAUUCGCCACCGAGUACGAGCACCGGAUGCAGGCAGGUGCCAAGCACAUUUUUCAUCUCGAGGCGUUUGUCGCUCAGUUCAUGAACAUCUAUAAAAAGUUCCUAUCUGAGCUGGUCAUGACGGACGAUUUCUAAAGAGUUCACAUUCACAGACAUUUUAGCAUUUAAUUCAAAAAACUUAUCAAAUAAACCGAAUAAAACAAUCUAA